AUCCCUUCCUCGGUUCCUCAAGUCUCAAAGGCGUGGCGUUGCCUUGCGUCCCCGCACACCUCUCUGAUCCCCUCUCACGGUCGCGGCCAUGGCGGGAGCCAAUCAUCCUCGCUGCUGCCACCUCCCGACGCUUCUCGCCAUCAUCUCGGCCGCCGCUCUGCUUCUCUUCUUCCCGCGAUUCUCGACGACGGCGGCGGCGGCCGUGGACAAGGGGACGAACCGAUCGUCGUUGCUCGGGGAGCCGAGGGAAUGGGCCACGGGCAAGGACGAGGCGGAGAUUCUCGCCGAGGCCGAGGCGCGCGCUGCCGCCGGAGGAGAGGGUUUGCUGGCUCGGGACGACGGGCGCGAAUUCCACUCGCUCGACGGCAUGCUGCAGUGGGCGAUUGGGAACUCUGACCCGGAUAAGUUGAGAGAAAAAGCUGCGGAAUUGGAGAGCCUAUCAGCAGAGGAAUUACUCAAACGACAGAUGGAGAUUAAGGAGCUGAUGGAGACGUUAAAAGUGCCAUCAGAUGCUGAGUUGAUGAAGAUUGCUAUUGCUGACUUGAAUAAUUCGUCUGUUUUGCUGGAGGACCGCCGUCGUGCACUACAAGAGCUUUUACUUUUCGUUGAGCCCAUCGACAAUGCUAAUGACCUUGACAAACUUGGAGGCCUUCUUCCGUUGAUUCAGGAACUUAGCAAUGCAGAUGAAGGAAUGAGAACUACCUCAGCAUGGGUCCUAGGCAAAGCCAGUCAGAACAAUGUUCUUGUUCAAAACCAGAUCCUUGGUUAUGGAGCUUUGCAAGGAUUAGUGAAGAUGGGCUAUUCCAGUUCUGCACCAGAAGCUGCAAAGGCACUUUAUGCUGUAUCCUCUUUGAUUAGGGACAAUGAACAUGGACAGGAGCUGUUCCUUUCAGAAAAUGGCUAUGCAAUGUUGCAGCAUGUACUGUCAACCACUAGAACUAAUGUUCGGCUUCAGAAAAAGGUUGUGUCUUUACUGGCAUAUAUAGCUGACUUUCAGCUAAAUACAGGGAAGUCACAAGCUCCAUCCUUAAGCAACUACUUUUUCGUAAAAUCAGUAGUUGAGAUGAUAUCAUCAGUGCCUGACCUUGAUCUCCAGGAGAAGGCUUUGUUAGCUGUUAGGAGUCUGCUGCAGCUUACGUCAGCUGAUGCUACAGAUCUUCAGAAGUUUUCAGGCCUGAAUGAUUCCCUGAAUACACUGAGGUUGCAAUUGGAUGAGUUGACAUCUCAUGAGGAACAAAGAGAGUAUGCUCUAGAAGUUGAAAUUCUCCGGAGAGAAGUCCACAUCGUCUUCCAACAGAAAAUCGAUCAGGCAAGAGUGGUUGCGACAUGACAUGAAAAAUGACAAAUGAAGGCAAAUAUAAGCCUGGCAAUUUGAACAUAUGUAAUGUUUGGAAACCUUUGUUGUCCAUAUGAUGGUGAUCGAGUAACAAUUCUACUUAGCUGAAUGACAAGUUGUCAACAGAACUCGGGUUGCAUGGGAUCAUAGAUAAUUCGCACAUAGGAUGUCACAAAAUGGUGAUUGUCUAAGUUACAGAACAAAGAAGUGCAAUGGAACAGAGUUGUCACUCAUUUCUGCUUCAUGUCAAACCGUUUCAUUAAUACACCUAUAACCCAUUGAAUGUUGUUGAAA